AUGAGUAUCAGAGUGGAACCCGAUGAGGACAAGUAUGAGGGAAUCGAUGAGCAGCAGAUCCAGAAUCUCGCAAGAAAGAUCACGGAGACGUCAUCGGUGCACAGCGAGCAGCAGGCGGCACCAGAGCAGUAUGAGGCAGAGCAGAGAGCAGAGAACGAAGGCGGGGUGGCAGCAAAGCUGAUGCGGACGCUCUCGCGUCAAUCGACGCGUCUAUCGCAGAUCCAGGUGGACGGAGUGUCGCCAUUUGGCGGGGACAACCCCAGGCUGGACCCGGAUUCGCCGCAGUUCAGUGCAAAGAUGUGGAUUAAGAACAUGCGGGCACUCCAGGACAAAGACGUGGACUACUACAAGCCGUAUUCGAUGGGGGUGCUCUACAAGGACUUGCGGUGUUACGGCGGUGCUACGGAUGCAGACUACAAGGCAGACGUGUUGAACUGGGUGGAAAAGAGCUUCAAGCUCUUGAAGGACUGGGUGCACCCGGACAAGUCGAACGUGUUUGACAUCCUAAAGCCCAUGGACGGGUUGAUUCGGCCAGGAUCACUUGUCGUGGUCUUGGGAAGACCGGGGGCAGGCUGUUCGACGUUGCUCAAGACGUUGGCCUCGCAGACUUACGGCUACCACGUGGAUGCCGGGGCAACGGUGACAUACGAGGGGCUGACCCCGCGGGAAAUCGCCCGGCACUACCGCGGGGAGGUGAUCUACAACGCGGAGACCGAGACACACUUCCCACAUCUCACGGUUGGCCAGACGUUGAAGUUCGCCUCGCUCAUGAAGGUGCCGGAGAACCGGCCCGAGGGCGUGUCACGUGACGAGUACGCAGAGCACAUGACGCGUGUUUACAUGGCCAUGUACGGACUAUCGCACACGUACAACACGAAGGUGGGCAACGACUACGUGCGGGGGGUCUCUGGAGGAGAGAGGAAGCGAGUUUCGAUCGCAGAGGUGUCGCUUUGCGGUGCACGGUUGCAGUGCUGGGACAACUCGACGCGGGGCUUGGAUUCGGCGUCCGCAGAGAACUUCGUGCGGUGUUUGAAGCUGUCGUCGCAGGUGCUCGACACCACGUCGAUCGUCUCGAUCUACCAGUGCUCGCAGAGGGCCUACGAUUUGUUCGACACGGUGAUUUUGAUGUACGAGGGCCGGCAGAUCUUUUUUGGCGACACGCAGGCGGCCAAGGGCUUUUUUGAGCGGCAGGGAUGGCAGUGUCCUGCCCGGCAGACCGCCGCAGACUUCCUCACGUCGCUCACGUCGCCAUCGGAGCGGACUCCACGGCGUGGAUGGGAGUCCCGGGUGCCCCGGACCGCGGAGGAGUUCGAGGCCCGGUGGAAGGCCUCGCCCGAGUACGCGGAGCUCAGGGAGAGCAUCGAGAGCUACUUGGGGCAGCUGGGCAGCGAUGGCGGCGAUGGCAGCGGUGCCUCGUUCAAAAGCAGGGCAUACGCAUCGAAAAAAGCCCGGCAGGCCAAGCAUCUAAGCGGAUCCGAGCCGUUUACCGUGUCGUAUAACAUGCAGGUGCGGUACUUGACCCGUCGGGCGUUCCAGCGGGUCCGCAACGACCUCACGUUGCCUGCAUUUACCGUGUUUGUCAACUUGGUCAUGUCACUUCUCAACGGCUCUGUUUUCUACAACUUGCAGAACGUAACCGGUGACGUGUACAACAGGGGGGCCUGCCUUUUCUUCGCCUGCCUCUUCAACUCGCUCAUGUCCGUCUUGGAGGUGUUCGCGCUAUACGAGGCCCGGCCAAUCGUCGAGAAGCACAAGGAGUACGGCCUCUACCACCCUUCGGCCGAGGCCUUUGCCUCCAUCAUCUCUGAGAUCCCGACGAAGGCCCUGACGUCCAUCGCGUUCAACAUCCCGCUUUAUUUCAUGGUGAACUUGAAGCGUGAUGCCGGUGCCUUCUUCUUCUACUUCUUCAUUGCCACAAUAUCUACCUUCUUGAUGUCUCACCUCUUCCGGUCCAUCGGAUCCUUCACCAAGUCGCUUUCCCAGGCCAUGACCCCAGCUGCAGUUGUCGUCUUGGCCAUGGCCAUCUAUGCCGGAUUCGUCGUCCCUACAAACUUCAUGCUAGGCUGGUCCAGGUGGAUCAACUACAUCAACCCGAUCGCCUACGUGUUCGAGUCCAUGAUGAUCAACGAAUUCCACCUCCGCCAGAUCAGGUGCACCACCAUGGUGCCCCAGGGUGGAGAUUACGACAAGCUUCCUCUUGCAUUCAAGAUCUGCGACUGUGUCGGUGCACAGCCCGCCCAGUCAACCGUUAACGGCGACCGGUACAUUCGCAUUGCCUUCGACUACGUGCACGCACACAAGUGGCGGAAUGUCGGCAUCUGCAUCGGGUUCAUGGUGUUCUUCUUGGGCACCUACUUGCUGGGUGUCGAGUUCAACAUGAGUGCACGGGCAGGCGGCGAGAAGACUGUUUUCCUCCGUUCUUCUCUGCGUAAGCUUCAACGUGAGGGUAAGCUAGGGCCUCGGGCGCAUCCAGACGACCCGGAGAUGGCUGUGAAGUCCCGGCAGGCUGCCUCUUCGUUGUUGGACGAGAAGGAGAACUCCAACUCUAACUCCAACUCGAGUGGCUCAUCAACUCCAGCAUCACAGCCCCAGCAGUUCGAGCAUGAUGAUAGCUCUCCAGAUACUGCUCAGGACAAUCCGCAAUCCACGAAUCCUCUGGAUUCCGACACUGCAGACUCAGCAGCCCUCUCUAGAGUUACCACCGAGAUCCAAUUGGAGUCCGGCUCCGACAUCUUCCACUGGCGAGACGUCUGCUACGAUAUCCCGUACCAGGGACACACGAGGCGGCUUCUUGACCACGUGGACGGAUGGGUGAAGCCUGGCACGCUAACUGCUCUCAUGGGGGCCUCGGGUGCGGGAAAAACAACCUUGUUGGACGUUUUGGCCGACCGGGUGACCUUUGGAGUUGUCACGGGAGACAUGCUUGUGAACUCGCAGCCCAGGGGACUGUCGUUCCAGCGGUCCACCGGGUAUGUGCAGCAGCAAGACUUGCACUUGCAGACCUCGACUGUUCGCGAGGCUCUUCGCUUCUCCGCCUACUUGAGGCAGCCCCAGAGUGUGUCGAAGAAGGAGAAAGAUGCGUACGUGGAGAAUAUCAUCCACGUGUUGGAGAUGGACAACUACGCAGAUGCAGUGGUCGGGGUGCCCGGCGAGGGAUUGAACGUGGAGCAGAGAAAGAGGUUGACCAUCGGAGUGGAGUUGGUGGCCAAGCCUAAGCUUUUGCUUUUCCUCGAUGAGCCAACCUCAGGCUUGGACUCGCAGACUGCCUGGUCGAUCCUCUGCUUGAUCCGCAAGCUCUCGAACUCCGGACAGGCCAUCAUGUGUACGAUCCACCAGCCUUCCGCCAUGCUUUUCUCGCAGUUCGACAACCUUCUUUUGCUCAAAUCCGGCGGCCAGACCGUGUAUUUCGGUGAUGUUGGCCCUGAUGCUCAGACUCUCAUCCAGUAUUUCGAGUCUAACGGGUCCAUCCCAUGCCCUCCCGACGCAAACCCAGCCGAAUGGAUGCUUGAGGCCAUCGGUGCUGCUCCUGGUGCCCACCCAGACAGAGAUUGGCACCAAGUCUGGCUCCAAAGCUCCCAGUACCAGGGUGUAGCCGCAGAACUCGACCGUCUCCAGGCUGUCAACGAGAAAAACCCAGCCCGCAGCUCCCGCGAGUCCGAUACUGACACCUCGUUGUCCAGAAUCAGAACUGGUCUCCAGAGCAUUUACUCUGCUAAGGCCAGAAAAGCUUCUUUUUUGAAACGGAUCGAGAACUCGUCUUACGCGUCUUCGGUGGUCGUCCAGUACUACUACGUGACGAAAAGAGUGUUCCAGCAGUACUGGAGAUCUCCAUCCUACAUCUACUCGAAAUUCCUAUUGAUUGUGUUCACGUCCCUCCUUAACGGAUUCACCUUCUUCAAAGCCACGAACUCCAUACAGGGCUUGCAGAACCAGAUGUUCUCCGUGUUCAUGUUCACCGCUUUGUUCUGUAUCUUGGUCGAGCAGAUGCUCCCACAUUACAUCGCACAAAGAGACUUGUACGAAGCCAGAGAGAGACCUUCGCGUACUUUCUCCUGGUUGGCCUUCAUCACCGCCCAGAUAACCGUCGAAAUUCCUUGGAUGGUCUUGGGAGGCACGAUUGCCUUCUUGUGCUUCUACUUCCCCGUUGAUUUCGCCCAUAACGGCACUGCCACGGACGACGUUCACUCCAGAGGUAUCGUCUUGUGGAUGUUCGUCAUCCAGUUCUACAUCUGGACCUCCACUUUGGGCCAGGCAUGUAUUGCUGGUAUUGAGAUCGACCAGAACGGUGCCAACUUGGCCACUUUGCUUUUCUCGCUCGCAAUGCUUUUCUGCGGUGUUUUGGUCUCCAAGGACAAGCUUCCUGGAUUCUGGAUCUUCAUGUACCGUGUCUCGCCUUUCACAUACUGGAUUGCCGGCUUCUUGCGGGCUGCCGUCGGAAAUGCUGCCGUUACAUGUGCCCAGGAUGAACUUCUUGGUUUCGAGCCUUACGUUCUCCAAACCUGCGAGAGUUACAUGGCCCCUUACAUGAAGGUCGCCGGUGGCUACUUGAUCGAUCCCAAUGCAACCUCAUCUUGCUACUACUGCAAGAUGUCCAACACCGAUGCUUAUCUUUCCACCAUCAACGCACUUCAGUUUACCAGCUGGGAGGAUUCUGCCAUCUUCUGGGCCUACAUCGUCUUCAACAUCGCUGCCACCAUCUUUUUGUACUGGUUUGUCAGAGUUCCUAAGAAGCAUGACUUUAUCAAGUGGAUUCAGCGUAAGAAUGCACUCAUGGUGAAGAGAUACCGUGAGAAGCAUCCUGCCAAGGAGAAGGCCGAGGCCUGA